AUGGUUCUCUGUAGCGGUAUGCCAAAGGGAAUGUGAGAACGCCAGCUACUACAUCUGCAUCUACAACAGGUUUCAGUUUAGGAUUCAGUAAACCUGCCGCAUCUGCCACACCAUUUGCUCUCCCUAUUACUUCUACCUCAACUAGUGGUCUAACUCUUUCAUCUGCUCUGAUGUCAACUCCAGCAGCAUCUACAGGAUUUACCCUAAGUAAUUUGGGUGGAACAACAGCUACAACUACUACCCCAUCAACAAGCCUUUCCUUAGGGGGAGCCUUAGCUGAUUUGGGAGGUUCACUUUUCCAGAGUUCAAAUACAGCCACAUCAGGACUUGGACAGACUGCUUUAGGCUUGACUUUGGGAACCACAGCAGCUGCUUCAACUGCAGGCAAUGAAGGUCUUGGUGGUAUAGAUUUUAGUACCUCAUCAGAUAAAAAGAGGAUAGUAAAGCACUGAAGGAUGAAAAUCUCCCUCCUGUCAUCUGCCAGGAUGUUGAAAACCUCCAGUAA